UGCUCGAGUGGGUAUUUUGGAUAUCUGGCACAGGCCUUAUAGCUUCUGCAAAAUGCCUCGGGUGUAAAGGGGCCAACUAUUAUGGGGUACUGGGACCCCGCCGCAACGGGGUGGACAGACCGACCGCUGUUGAGAGUUCGUCAGGGCGGUUAACGCGGGGGACAAAGCACGCUGGACCGAAAAUCUUUACAUACAAGAUAGCCAGCAACAGACAUCAAGAGGCUUGUUUUCAAAUCAGCUGCAGAGGAGGAGGCACUGUUUGCAGGAUUAAUGGGAGAGCUUGGUGCGUAAGGUCUUCCGAGUGUGAGGGACAUUUUAGUCAGACAAGUUAGCAAUUGCCGUGAUUUUGAUACCAAGGAACCGUAUCUAUGGAGAUAUUAUCUACAAAAACAGGAUCCGGUCAUCCCGACCCAGUGACAGAGCGGGUUCAGUCGGAAUAAAUCAAUUGGUUAAUCUCUUUUAUUUUUGUCCGCCGGGCGGCGAUGUCAGCUUUCUGCCUCGAUUUGCACACAUCUACCGCCGCGAUUUCAGCACCACCCGAACUGGACAGCGACUGCAUGGCGCACCUGCUUGAUCAGGGCAACAAAACCCCACAAGAAACGGGAGGAUUUCAGGGCCACUCGCUGCUACAUACCGACUCUGGAGGCCUCGGGAUGGCGUUGGAAGAGGAAUUAGCCAUGCUUACCGGGGAGGAGGAGGAGGAGGAAGAGUUAUCCGAAUUGGAGACGCCUGUAAUGGGACAGAAUACAGACUUUUUGUUGCUCUUCCGUCAAAAGGAGAGGGAUUUGGUUUUAGCUGCUAAACUCGGCAAGGCACUGCUAGAGCGAAACCAAGACCUGACUAAGCAAUAUGAGAAAAUGAACAAAGAUCUUAACGAUAAACUUGAGCACCUGGAGCAGGAGAAGCACGAGCUGCGGCGGCGGCUGGAGAACAAGGAAGGGGAGUGGGGGGACCGUGUGGCGGAGCUGGAGACAGACGUCCAGCAGCUGCAGGGAGAGCUGGAGCGCCAUCAGGUCCAGCUGAGAGAAGCCGACCGUGACAAGUCCACGGCCAUCAGGGAGCUGUCAGAGCAAAACCACCGCCUGCUGGAGCAGCUCAACCGGGCUACAGAGGUGGAGAGGCAGCUGUCCACUCAGGUCCACUCGUUACGGGACGACUUCAGAGAGAAGAGCAUCUCCACCAACCAGCACAUGACACGACUAGAGAGCCUACAGGCUGAGAUUAAGAUGCUGUCGGAGCGUAAGAGAGAGCUGGAGGAUCAGGUUAACGCCGUACUAGAGGAAAAUGAGUUACUGCAGAACACUGUUGACGACCUGAGGGAAGGGACGCUAGUGCUGGAGAAACAGUACCACGAGAAGGUCUCACAGUUACGGCAGAGCCAGCUGGAGCUCCAGGAGGUACGGGUGUCCCACAGACAUCUGAGUGCCCGCUUUGAGGAGUUCACAGAGGAGAGAAGUCUCCAAGGCCUCAGCCCAAACCCUGCCAGCCUACUCUGUGAGAUAGAACAGAGCAUGGAGCAAGAGGAACAGGAACAGGAGAGGGAGCAGCUGCGUCUCCAGCUGUGGGAAGCCUACUGCCAGGUGCGCUCUCUCGUCUCCCACCUGCGAGGCAACGACAUCACAGACUCGGCCCUGUCCACAGACUCCUCCAUGGACGAGUCCUCUGAGACAUCCUCAGCCAAGGACGUUCCCAUGGGGAGCCUACAUGCCAGUCUACUGGAGCUACGCAGACUCACACAGAACCUGCUAGACGGCAAUGAGUCCACGGGUUCUCGGCGGAGUGACGAGGAGGCUCUAGAGGACCAAGUUCGAAAGCUUGGGGAAGAGCUGAGAGGAGUGCGAGAGCUAUACGAAACAGAGCAGGAUAGAACACGGAACAGCCAAGAAGAGGUUCUACAACUCCAUAAUCAGAUGGCAACGUUUUCUGUGGAUAUGUGCUCUGUACAGGAGGAGAGUGAGCGCAUGAGGGCCAUGUCUGAAGCACGAGACCCCAGCGAACAGCUCCAAAGUGCUAUACAAGACCGAGACGACGCUAUUUCCAAGAAGAAAGUGGUGGAGACGGAGCUGGCCAAGUGUAAGAUAGAUAUCAUGUCUCUGAACAGCCAGCUCCUGGACGCCAUCCAGCAGAAGCUGAACCUAUCACAGCAGCUGGAGGCCUGGCAGGAUGAUAUGCACAGUAUGAUUGAUCAGCAGCUCAUGGAAAAGCACCAGGAGGAGUGGAGGGUGACCCCCUACUCCCUCGCUGGGUCCUCCGGGGGGCCCUCCGGCCAGUCCUCCAGACGAGCCCAUCGCCUCUCCGAUGGAGACAAGCGGCUCUUUUCCUUCUUCAAAAAGAACUGAGCUGGACUGGCCCGAGUAAGCAAGAGAGAGAGAAAAAGAAUAAUUCAAAUAGAGUGCAGAGGU